UCACCUCGCUUCCGGUCUGGUCAUGUUCGGUUGCGGGCGGGCCGCCUCGACUGUCGCGGCCCGGAGCGGGUGGUGGGCGCGCUGCUUGCGCUGCCGCGGCCGCCGCUUCCUCCUCUCCAUGGCGAAAAGCAAGUUCGAGUAUGUGCGGGACUUCGAGGCGGACGAUACCUGUCUGCCCAACUGCUGGAUAGUGGUGCGGCUGGACGGCCGCAACUUCCACAGGUUUUCUGAGCAGCACGAGUUCAAAAAGCCAAAUGAUGACCGUGCUCUUCAUCUGAUGACCAAGUGUGCCCAGACAGUGAUGGAAGAACUGGAGGAUAUUGCUAUUGCUUAUGGACAGAGUGAUGAAUACAGUUUUGUUUUCAAAAAGAAGAGUAGAUGGUUUAAAAGAAGAGCAAGUAAGUUCAUGACUCAUGUGGUCUCCCAGUUUGCCUCAAGUUACGUUUUCUAUUGGAAGGAUUACUUCAAGGACCAGCAACUUCUGUACCCCCCAGGAUUUGAUGCCCGAAUUGUGUUGUAUCCCAGCAACCAGAACUUAAAGGACUACCUCAGCUGGAGACAAGCGGAUUGCCAUAUUAAUAACCUUUACAAUACAGUGUUUUGGAUGCUUGUACAGCGAAGUGGUUUGACACCAGUGCAAGCACAGGAUAGGCUGCAGGGGACUUUGGCUGGAGAUAAGAAUGAAAUAUUAUUUUCUGAAUUCAACAUCAACUACAACAAUGAACCUUUGAUGUACAGGAAAGGAACUGUCUUAGUAUGGCAAAAGGUUAAUGAAGUCACGACUAAGAAAAUCAAACUGCCAAAGGAAGCAGAAGAAAAGGAAGUUGAAGUGACCCGGACUAGGACUAAAGUUGUUCCCCUGCACUGUGACAUUAUCGGGGACCAGUUCUGGGAGGAAUAUCCUGAGAUUCUGGCUGAGGAUAGUUGAUAUCUCUGAUGAGUACAACUGGUCAUUUACACUUUACUCUGCUUGGGUUGUUGGCAAGUGAGGAGUAUGAAUGACGGCUGGCAGUUUAACCUGUAACCCUCUUCAACAACUACCUUUGCUUUAGCACUGUUGUUGCCUGAAAAGACGACACUUGUAUGUUGUCUGACAUACAAGGAUAUGCCCGUAUGGAAAACUAAAUCAUAAUGUAUUUUGAAUGUUAAGAAAUCGUAAAUGAAGACUGCUCCUUCCUUGAACACGCAUAUUUAUAGAAAAGGUUUACAGAAAUUCCCUGCAUUUCUAUAGCAUUUAAACCACGAAGUAUUUUACUGAACUGCCAAACUAUAAAAAGGUUUGUGUAUUUGAACAGUUCAAAGCAGAGGAGAAAAUAAUGUUUGAGUUUUCUUUUGUUUCAACUGCGAUGGGCCAGAGUAGGAUCAUAGGAUCAUAGAACAGUUUGGGUUGGAAGAGACCUUAAGGAUCAUUGUCCUGCGUUCAGCAGUAGCAGUCAUUUUUCUCCUCCUUAGCUGGUGCACUGCUGUGUUUUCGACUUUAGUCUGGGAGCAGCGCUGAUAACACCAAUGUCUUUAGUUGUUGCUAAGUAAUGCUUACUCUGAUCAAAGACUUUCUCAGCCUCAUGCUCUGCCAGUGAGGCGGGGCACAGGAAGCCGGGAGGAAGCAGAGACAGGACACCUGACCCAAACUGGCCAAAGGGGUAUUCCAUACCACAGCAUGUCAUGCCCAGUAUACAAACUGGGGGGAGUUAACCGGGUGGCCCAGAUCACUCGGGUCGGGCUGGGUAUCUGUCGGCGGGUGGUGAGCAAUUGUAUCCCCUCCUCUUAUCAUUAUUAUUGUUGGUGAUAGUAGUAGUGGUUUUGUGUUAUACCUUAGUUACUAGGCUGUUCUUAUCUCAACCCGUGGGAGUUACAUUCUUUCAAUUCUCCUCCCCAUCCCUAUGGGAGCGGGGCGAGGAAGAAGCAGUGUGGGUCAGGUGUCCUGUCCCUUCUUCCUCCUGACUUCCCGUGUUCCUCCUCCCUGGCAGAGCAUGAGCCUGAGAACGUCCUUGAUCCAAGUAAACAUUACUUAGCAACAACUAAAGACAUCGGUGUUAUCAGCACUGCUCUCAGGCUACAGUUGAAAGCACAGCAGUGCACCAGCUACUAAGCAGGAGAAAAAUGACUGCUACAGCUGAACCCAGGACAAUCAUCCACUUCCAACCCCCUGCUAGAGGCAGGGACACCUUCCACUAGACCAAGUUGCUCAAAAGCCCUGUCCAGCCUGGCCUUGAACACUGCCAGGGAUGGGGCAGAAUCCUCCAAUUGGCAUUGACUGUUGAAUGUCAAGGCUGGUGUGUUUACUCAGAUCAGUGAUAAACUCUUCCACUGCCUCAUGUCUCUGAUGCUUACAGAAAGGGAGUAGCCCAGCAGUUUUCUAUGACUGAUUUUAAAAGCUUUUGUGAAAUGUACAGGAUUUUUAUACUUCUAAAAAAAUAAACAUAGUAAUUUUUUCUCUGU